AUGGAUUACGAUGAAGAGGAGGGCUGUGGUAUUCGAAACAUCUUCCGUUCGUUUGUGUGCGUGGCUCUGACGCUUCUGCUGGGUCUGCACGUAUACUCGUACCUGUGGGGCUCGCAGGACACCAUCGAGGGCGACUUCGGAGACAUCAAAUACAUGGUCAUGCAACUCACACAGGGUCUAUCUGAGAUGAACCGUGAACACGAACGCAUUCGGAACGAGUUAGAGAGGAUGUCAUCAGCGUUGCCGGCGAUGACUGCAGCGUCUGGCCGCGUAAAGGACGCCCUGGAACCCACGCGUCGGCACGCGCGGCAAUUGAUGGACAUGGGCGACUACGACCGACAGAUAGCAGAUUAUGCCCUAGAGUCGGCUGGCGCUCGUAUACUUGACACUGGAGAGACGCAGGAGUACGUAAUCUACGAGUCAUCAGUGGGGUGGGCGCUGCACGUGGUGAGCUCGGUGCUUUGCCGCGAGUGCCCCGGCGCCUCUGCAAUCUUGCGCCCCGGCACGUUGCCCGGCGAGUGCUGGGCCUUCCGUGGCUCCCGGGGCGAGGUCACUAUACGACUCGUGGGCUCAGUCCACGUCACUGGGAUGAGCAUUGAACACAUACCCCCGCAUAUCUCGCCAACAAAAGAAAUAUCAUCAGCGCCGCGUCUAUUCCAGCUAGAAGGUUUGUCCCACCGUGGCGACCCACAUCCGCACGACUUUGGCAGUUUCGAGUACGACAAGGACGGUAAGCCUAUACAGUACUUUGAGGUGCAGCACCCGGCGUCGGCGGCCUACCUCGUCGUGAGGCUCAAAGUGUUUUCCAACUGGGGACACUCGCUAUACACCUGCCUAUACCGAGUCAGGAUACACGGGGAACUGGCGCCGGGGCAAGCGCCUCAGAAGACAAUUAAUGAUGAAGAAACGAUGAAUUUGCAUUAA